GCCCUCAGUCACCGGUCAGGGAGCACGGAGGAAGCUCAUUCUCUCAGGUGAAUCUGUCUAACAACCAUGAAGGCUGUAGCUCUGAUCCUUGCUCUGGCAGUCAUCACUGGCUGCAAUGCCCGUGCUGUGCGCCAGGCUGAUGCCUCCCUAACCAGUUGGGAGGAUGGCGUGGAUCGUUUCUGGCAGUACAUCUCUGAGAUGAACACACAAGCCGAUGGAGUCUUGCAGCACCUUAAGGCCUCUCAGUUCAGCAGGGAGCUAGACACGCUGAUCGCUGACACCAUGGCAGAGCUGACAACCUACAGAGAUGACAUCCAGGCCAAGCUGGGUCCCUACACUGAGACCUCCACUGGUCAGCUGUCUCAGGACCUGCAGCUUCUCGCAAACAAACUGCAGAAUGACAUGCUGGAUGCCAAAGAGCGCAGCACUGAGUAUCUGGGUGAGCUCAAGACCAUGAUGGAGCAGAACACUGACGAUGUCCGCAACCGCAUCGGCACCUACACCAACAAGCUGAAGAAACGCCUGAACAAGGACACCGAAGGAAUCCGCAACACUGUGGCCACCUACCUGGGUGAGCUUCAAUCCCGCACUUCCCAGAACAUGGACGCCGUGAAAGAGAACGUUGAGCCCUACGUCCAUCAGGUCAGCGACACCGCCACCAAGAGGCUGACUGACAUCUCCUCCAUGCUGAAGAGCCAGGCUGAGGGUCUGGGGCAGCAGUUGGAGACCCAGGCUGAGACCCUCAAGACCCAGAUGGAGGCCACUGCACAGGACCUGCGCACCUCCCUGGAGGGCAAGAUCGACGAGCUGACCGAGCUGCUCGCCCCCUAUGCCACCAAGAUCCGUGAACAGUUUGAGACCAUCGUCGACAAGGUCAAGGUGCCCGCCACCAACUAAAGAAAGACUCUCAGGGGUUUUUAAGGGUUGUAGAUGGUUGGUGGUUGUAGAAAGAGAAAUGUGUAAACAUCUGAUUUCUUUAUACCCUGGAAAAGAGGGGAAAGGGGGAAGUUGAGUUACUGAUGAUAUCUUCAUUUUGGGUGCUCUACCUUCAGGGUCAAGAGGGUUGAUGAGAGGAAGGAGGGAGGAUGAGGUGCAUCUUUUACAGAACAGUCAGCAGAAAAAUGUCUGUUUGGGUUCUUUCCUCUGCGUAGUCACCCUCUCUUCUUCUUUUAUCAACGCCCCUUUGUCACUGAACACAAGCACCACAGCUAAUAACAGCCUUCAAUACACAAACAGGAGACAAUUAUUUGUAAUAUGCUUUGCUUUUCUACUUUGAAUUAACUGUUCUAGCCCACUACCCCUGCCCCCUCCCUAAAUUUUGUAUUUUGUUUCCUACCUUUUGUUUGGUUGUAAAUAUAACUGCUGAGUUUGAGCCUCAAAGGCAGGGAUCCCAUCCUGUGUCAUCCCCAAAAUGAACCAAACGCAAGUGUCUUUCAUUUCAAUAAAUGCACUGAAUUAUGAUGAUCAAAACACUGGGGCACAUAACAGUAAUGUGUCUUCUACUUCUUCUAGAGCCAGUGCUCAACCACAAAAGUGCCCUUCCUGUAUUGUCUGCAUUUCUUGUUGCUGUUGUGUUUCACAGAGAAGUGGAAUGUAAAAUGACUUGAGGCAAAUAUGACAAUCAGUGAGUAAAGUGUAAUGCUGCCUGUUCUUAAGCCUGAGUGUAGAGUGUCCCUUGUGUUUCACAUGUCAUAUGCUGCUCACUAUAAGUGCGCUGCCUGUGGCUGCAGUGUGCUGAACAGUGCUGAGUGAAUAAAGAUACUAGAAAAGAU